AACAGUAAUGCGGACAGCGUGGUCCAGUACAAGCUGCAGCAGCCGGCCGUGGCCCGCUUCCUCCGCCUCGUGCCUCUGGACUGGAACCCCAGCGGCCGCAUCGGCCUCCGCCUGGAGGCCUACGGCUGUCCCUACACCUCUGAAGUCGUGAGCUUUGAGGGCGGCGGCGGCUCGCUGACCUAUACGCCCGGUCCCGGACCGCCCGCGCCCGAAGAGGUCAUCUCCUUCCAGUUUAAAACCGCGAGGAACUCUGGGACGCUGCUGCGUAGGGAGGGAGGCGACGGAUGCAGCCUGAGUCUGGAGCUGGAGAAAGGAAAGCUGCUUCUGUUGCUCAGACCAGGCAGCAGCUGGCCCCCCCGGCGCCUGGCGUCCCUCGGCAGCCUUCUGGACGACCAGCACUGGCACCGCGUGGUCCUGGAGCAGAGGACCGGCCUCCUCAACCUCACCGUGGACAAACACACCGAGCAAACCCAGGCCCCCGCGGAGCUCAGCCCCCGGGGCCUCGCACAGCGUAGGAGGGGGCCAGAAACCGGUUACAUCCAGGGGGAACUUCCUCGGCUGCCUGGAGAACCUGCUCUACAACGGCCUCAAUCUGAUAGAGAAAGC